GUCGUGAUUAUUAUCACUCUUUUAUCCCCUUCCUCUCCUUCCGACUCGUCACUCUUUCCCGCUCUCUCUCUCUCGCUCUCUCCUUCUUAACUCUCAAUCCGGCUUCAGUCGACCCAGGUGACUGGCCGACUCCUCUGAGAGAUUGAUUGAAACAAACAGGUAGCCCGACAGGGCUGUUCAACGCCAUGUCCGGGCGUCUAUCAUCCGACCACAACCGUUCCUUCUCGCAGUCCUCGCGACCCCCGUCUCAACAAGUCGAUUCAAUGCAUCAUCGUUCCAUGUCCGGUCGCUCCUCCAACCCCAAUGUCUUCUCCGACGAAUACUCCUUAGAACCUAUUGAUGCCGAACAAGCCACUCUCACCCCUCGAAGCCCCUCUAUCUCCUCCAGUGUCUCCUCUAACACCCUUCGUGGUUCGGUACCCCAACAGCAGCAGCCCAAGGCCUACAACACCAUCCCUCCAACCGAUGCCGAAUUAGCUGAGGAUCCUUUCGGCGAUGAGGCUCGGGUUUCCUUCGAUGAAACCCCCCACCGAUCGAGUCUUCCUCCGAAGGGGGUGGAUCUAGCGAAUCGCAACUCCGUCGCGUCCACCGCUCCUUCCAUCACCAGUCGCAGCCAAAGUGCCUCCUCGCGUUUCUCCAUGCCCGUUCGGGCUUUGAGCCCCUACACGGGGGCAACCGGUCCCAGCCAUCCGUAUGCGAUGUACCCGCAGGUCGGCGUUAGUCGCUCUCCCAGUGUGGCCACCACAUCGACAUUACGACCGGUGGACCGACCGUUAGAGGACACGACUGCCCCUCAGCAUCCGUAUGCAAUGUACCCACAGAACGUGGUGGCAGAGGAUGACGGAAUUGACAACUCUAUGGUACCUCUUGGCUUUCCCGGACACAACGCGCAAGUCUAUCAGCGACCACCUAACCGAGCCGAUGACGAUCUUGGCGACUUAAUUGGACCGGAUGGUCAUACUGAACAACUACCUCCUUACUCUCGUUAUCCCGAAAAUGCUGUUCCCAAAGUGGAGGGCACCUUUGCGACCGUCAAUGAUGCUGGCAUCAUGCAAGACGAAAUCCUUCAUAAUGAGCGUGCUGGACCACCCAUGUCGGAGGUUUCCUCAAAUACACUAGUGAUGGAAAAUACAACCAGUGGAGGCGGUAACGUCAACGGUAACGGUAAUGGAAACAGAGGCCUCGAAGAACCGCCGGUCACUGGGGUCAUGGCAUUUGAGGAGAAAUUGAAGAGUAAAGGCAAGAAAAAGGCAUGUUGUGGAUUACCGGUCUGGACGCUGGUUUUGGUGGGAGUGGUUAUGCUUAUUGGAGGGUGCAUUGGUGGUAUUAUUGGCGGCGUGCUAGGAGCAAGAAAGGCAGCCGAGCAAGACCACGGGGGCCAGCCGAGUCGCCCACAUAUCGUGACGGUGACGGAGACGCCCAGGAUGGACGCGACUCCCGUGACAGCCACGCCCACCAAUCUGCUGACGCUCCCUACUGGCCAAUACGCUAUCCCCGCAUCUCCUAAGAACCAGUCGAAAUUCUGCGUGGCUGAUUCGGACUACCGGGUGUCGUGGGGUUGCCUCAAUUCGGGCAAGAUCCCUAUCAAUGUUGGAGGAACGGAAGAGCAACGCAAUGUUACAUUCGAAGACUCAUACAGCAGCGCUUAUUCUUCUUCACUCACUUACGGUGCCCAGCAGCCCGUCUUCUCUAACCCUACUCAGAAUUUGAGUAUGAUGAUGGACUCCAAUGAUCUCAGCUUUGGCCCAGCUUUGACCUUCAUGACGUUCUAUGAUAAAUUGGUCAUUGUGCCGCAGGAUAGCUUCCCAUCGAGCUCGUCCUCCAAACGAGACUAUGUGACUGAAGAUGAAGUCGUGUCGAGUAUGCUGACUCGCAAGGAAACGGCUCAGGCCGGCGACAAGCCGUGGUUCUGUUGGUGGAAUAGCACGGUCAUGGAGUUCUUUUUGUAUAUCAACGAGACGACCAAGGAGUAUCAGUACAGCAGCACCGCAGUUGUGACGACGACAAGCACUCAGAUAGCGCAGGCCACUCAAGGGAGCUCAAACUCCUACUCCAAGAGAGACAGCAGCAGCAGCAGCAGCAGCAGCAUCGCCGACUACCCUCGUCGGAUCAAGAUGGAGGAGAAGCGAGACAACCCUUCGGCCGCCAAUCCAUACUGCCAGCAGAUGCAGGUCCUGGACGACGGCCAAGUCGGCCCAAUUUCGCAAGAGACAGUACAAAUCAAGGUGGUUCAACCCACGCCGACGACGACCGUGGAGGCCGCCACGGGGACAUCGCAGACAUAUACGGCCAAGGCCGAAUAUGAGAGCUAUUGCUAUUGCAUAUCCCUGACGGACUGAUGCGACAGGGCAUGAAACCGAAGAACGAAGAUGAAACGAGAGCGGCUUUUGUUUGCCAACGUGGCCUCUUACAAUUACGGCGUCGGCGUUAGACCAAGGAACGAUUUUCUUCUCGACUCACGUGCAUACGAAUGAUUGUCUUGCGAAGACUGCUGGUUUAUUUUCUGGGUAUGAGAUCCGGUACUGU